AAACAUAGAUUGUGUCAUCUUGUAGAUGCUCCAGUUGGUGCAAAAAAGGAUGGCUGAAAAAAAAUUCAAGGGAGCCCCAUUUGGGACACAGGCCGCCAGGUUUGAUGUUUCAGCUGUCCAUCCUGCAAACAAGAGGGUGGGGACUUACACAGAGAUACCCUACUGCAAAAAAAUGACAAGUGAAUCGGAGAGAAACCUUGGGCCAGGCACAUACAAUCCAGACAUCAGUGACUUUGGUCCGAGAGCAAUUCAAGAGCGGACUAAGGGCCCUGGUUGGAGGAGGGCACUAGAGAUGGCCCGCCAGGCGCAGAUGCCUGGACUCCUGUACAGGGAAGCGUGGGAUAACAAACAUCUCCUGAAAGCCAAAGUUGGUCCUGGUACCUACAAGACCACAGACUUCAUUGAAGAACUGAACAAGAAACCAGGCAGCAUCAGAGGUGUCUGUGAUUCCAGGGAGGAGAGAUUUCCAGAAACACGGUGCUGGACUCCUGGCCCUGGGACGUAUGCCAUAGGGGCAAAAGCGGAGAAGAGAGUCAAGUCAGCUGGGACCAGGCCCUCCAUAGUCUUUGGCUCAGGGAUAGAGCGCUUCACAGAGGGGGAAGUGGAGGUUGGACUGAGCCCAGGCACGUACGACAUGAAGGGCUCUAUUGACCUGGUGUUGAACAGCAGCACUGGCAAACGAGGCCCUUAUGACCUCUUCACUGGACCAAGAAACAAACCAAUCUGCUCUGGCUACUUUGCUGCUCCGAAAAUAGUCAAUCUGAACCCAGGGCAGUACACCAAGGAGAUGCCAAGGUUCGGAGAGGACCUGGAGAAGCCAGCGAAGCGAAAGCACGGCGUGUUUGGCACUCUGGAGCAGUAUCCUGCCGUGCCCACUGACAGGAUCUUCCACAGCACCCAGUCCCAUUGCAAGAGGUCUGCAACGAGUCCGGGCCCAGGGUGGUACGAGGUGACCCCAGUAAGUCGCCCAGGGAGUCGUUCUGCCCCGCCCUUCCUCUCCUCUGCUCCGCGGGUCAGCAAGAGAGCAGAGAGGCUGCAGAUGGGUGGCCAACAUAGCGUCAUUGGGCCAGGCAACUACAACAUCCUGGACAAGAACCGGAACAACAUCAGGGGUCACCAGUGUGUCUUCAUCUCUGAAACACAGAGAUAUCUGCACUGCCCCAACAGGGACAAAUACAUACAGGAAAGACUGAGACCUGUCAAUGCCAGGAUGGCAAGAAGAGCUUUCACAGCUACCACAUGAAGCACAUCUGCAAGGCUCUGUGAAGCCUGGCAGGAUUGAGUGCCCUGGACAAAAGACAACAAGAAAUCUGCAUGACUAUUUUGGAAUUACAUAUUUUGCACAGGA